CCAGCCCAGCGGAAAGGAAGUCGGCGAGGUCAACCGCUGGCGCAUCUCUCGCGCACUUUCACCGCCGUCCAGCCCCCUCCAAGUAGGCCACGGCGGCACAAAGGAUGGGGGGUCAUCUUCUCCGCACAAUCAUCCAACAGAGCACGUGCCCUCCUCUUUCGAGCAACAAGCAGCGAUGCUCCCGUCGCGCGGGGCCGAGACCCCCCCACCGUGUGUUCCUCCACUCGUCUCUUGAGAAAGUCAUUCGUCACUGCUGUGUGCAUAUUGUGUGACGGAAACAUGCGCGGAUACCAUUCUCUUCAGGUUCUGCUCCUUGUCCUACUACUCUGCUGCAGCGGAUUGCUCGCAGCACGCGACGCCGAAGACCCCAUGGACGCCUACCUCCUGUCGGACGCCAUGGACUCGCGCGGAGAGGACACUGCGGAGAGUGUCGCCAAACCGAGCAAAAAACUGCAGCUCUUACCGUUCGGCACACGACUCAAACCCCCCAAAGCUUUCGUCGUACCUCAGCAGAUUACCUCUACACCAUCGCCUCGCGGAAGUCACGACGCUGAAGAAGUCCCCACCAGUCGUAAGCCUAAACCUAAGCCCAGGCCUACCAUUCCCCCUGGGCUGUUCGCUUCGACCAAACGGGUGCCGAGGAUUCCCGUGCCCACGAGGCAACCGAGGGCAAAGGCAGUAACGAGACGGACGCCUGCGCGCACGGUCCCUCCAAAGCUGAUCGCGUCCGCUAAGCUAACUCCUGCUCCUCGACCCACGCCCGUGCGCACGGUUCCUCCGACGCUGGUCGCGUCCACUAAGCCUACCCCUGCUCCUCGACUCAGGGUUCCUGCCCAUCUGGCUAACCCAAAGACUAAGAAUCCUGCUUACGUGAAGACUGGAAAAGCAUACAAGUACAACAAAGAUCAAGUGCAGAAACGGAAAGGGGUCACAGGCAGUAACCCAAAGCCCCAGGCAUCUUUCUUUUUCACCAACGUGGGACCCAAUCACUUCGAGUACCGCGGAGUAUUUGAUGCCAACGCCUUGCCCGUCCAUUUCAACGGAGACCCGCAAGCCUUUCUGCAACUUAUACCCCAACUACCAAGGCUUUUUGAGGAUCCCUUCCCUCCUCCCCCCGACCCAAACAAGGAAGGCCUCCCCCCUCAGCUCCUUCUUGGUGCACCUCCGCCUAAAGAACCUCCAAGUAUCCCUCCACCACCACCACCACCAUUGACCUUCCUUCAGCCUGUGGUGAACAUCUUACCACAGCCCAGCCCACCAAAGAACACUUUCCCGCAGUACGACUACGUGCUGGGAGGAAGGCUAGAUGGUGAGCACCCUCGGAUCUUCAAGUUCAACGAUGAGCGCAUCAGCAUCUUGGAAUUCGAGCGCAGUAAGCGGGAGGGUCGAUUUUCCCGGCGGAGGGGUGGUACCCUGGACCCCGAACGGAUACCCCGGAAGAACUUCCUCAUCUUCCACGGCGGGCAUUUCCCGGCACGAGUGAACGACAUUGAAAACAACAGUGUCUUUGGCCAGAGGGAACCCAGGACACAGUUCCUGUCUGCUUUUCAACCAGCACCUCCACCACCACCUCCACCAACGCCGCAGGUGUACCUCCCCGUGAAUGCACCCAUCGGCAAGGUCAAGCCGGGCGGUUUCGUCUACUUCAUACGCACCUGAUUCCCAAGGUUGUUGAGUGCUCCCUAAGGAAGUCUCGGAAACCAAACCAGUGGCGGCUCUAACUAUUGGCAUGACAACCUUGCACGGCCAAAGAGAGUGGCUUUAGGUGUGGGAAAAGCACCUGACAUGGAACAGCUGCAGUGUCCACAGAACGGCAAGCUGCAGGAGCUCACGGACUGUGAUCUGAAGCCAAAUGGGGGUUGUAUAUGUGGGGACAUGAUGCACGCAUUCCUAUCAGUUGAAAGGCCACACACUCGUCGUGGGGACUUUCUUCUUAUCUUUAGGAUUCCAGUAUGACAAUGCACUUAUGUUAGACCACUACAAAACUGUCACAUUCCCCCUCAUAUAGUAUGACAUGACAAAUGGGGUCUAACGCAACACACUCUAUGUUUCAAAAUCAACUACAAUAUUUUCAGAAGCUUGCACACAAAGAGCUUGCCCCUGCACAGCAUUAUAUGUUACUCCAUUUGCCAGUGUGGCUACUGACAGGAUUCACGUAAAGUUAAUGGAAACCGGAUCCUUUCGACAGCCAUGUUAUGCCAAUUUGCCAUGACUUACUAGAGCCCCAUUAAAAACGUGAGGUAUGCUUCAAAAGCGCUCGCAAAGUCAUGCGCGUAUCGAAGUCCUAACGUAAAAGUCAUUGCCGCGAAGGUUCUUUGAAGUCUAGCUUUGCUCUAUCUGCAUUAUGCUUAAUACUCGUCUGAGAGACAAAACUGUACAUAUUCAGAAAUGGUAUACAAAUCGCGGCAUCCUAAAAAGUGCUGUACUUUCACGCUGCUUUACAUUCCUACACACUUCAGGAGAUUCUAACGACCAGUACACUGUACUUAAGAGUACUCUUGGACGGUUACCUACAAGGAGUCAUAGCGAGCUGAGCUUAAACACUAAGACCGUGGUGAUGGAACAUGAGCAACCACUUAAGUGCAAUGAUAAUGGUGGGUGAUACCGGCAAUAUCUUGCAUUGUAUUUUUUUGUGAUUUUUGUCAAAAUUUCAUGGUCUUUGUCACGCAAACUAUAUUCUUCUACAAAGAACACUUGUGGGUGAAAGCCUAUGCCUACGGUCUAAUGGAAGGAAGGAAAGAGGAUGUAUUGAACAAAUCAACCUCGUGCAGUACCAGUUAUAUGCAAGUGUUCCGCAAGGGGGCUUGCUCUAGAGGGUUUGACCUGGAAUUGUUCCUCCUAUGUGGACUUCAACUCUGGUUGGGCAUUACAACGCAACACACCAUUUUUCAACGCACCGUAUCUUCAAGCGGAAUGCAUAAACGCGAUGUAAUAAAAGGCGUAAAACUUAGUGAGAAGAAAGUUGUGCUACUUAAUAAUGAAA